AUGGUUCUGCUGGACGAGUUCUGUGUGAAGGUGUACUUCUGGCCAUUCCUGUCCUAUUUGGCCACCAUCAAGGGCUGGUGUCCGCUGUAUCCGCCAGGUUACUAUCCCAUUUAUGCGAUACCACCGCCACCGCCGCAGGGACUACCAUAUCCACCGCUGCCGCCGCAGCAGCAGCUCCAGCCGAUUGGUCCACUAAUACCGCCUCAAACCGCUUUUCCGUCCACAUCUUCAGUGAUCCCGACGUUCCAGCCCACGCCACCGAAUCCCCAGACGCCGGUGACCCCGCCGCUGUUCACGACCAGUAGCAGUACCACUGUUUCCACGACCUCGACGACGGGUGGAACCACCACCAGUACCGCGGGCACCACCCUGCCCCUGCCUGUGCCCACGUGUCCAUCACAGCCACUGGUCUGCCUGCCCGGUGGAGCACGUCCACUGCCCAAUUGCCCGUGCAUCGAUCCCCGCCAGCAGCAGAACUCCCCGUUGAACCCCUCCCCAGGACCACAGACUGGUUCGGAUAUGAUGGUUUUCAUGCCGCUCAAUUCCGGACGUAGGCGGCGUCGUCGCCGGAAACCCCAGUCCUGCCAAGAUGCCCGAUCCCGGCCUGGAAGCUGCCUGCCCCUGACCUCCUGCCCCCAGCUCAUGGAGGAGUAUCAGGGCCAGGGCAACGAGUUCCACACCUUCCUGGGCCAGUCCAUCUGUGGCUUCGAUGGCUCCACUUUCAUGGUUUGCUGCGCCUCGGAUCGAACAGGAAAUGCCAGAAGCAGGAAGGACCUAUUUGCGACCACCGCUGCACCCUUUGGCUUUUUUCAUUUCUCGCCAUUAAGUGGAGGAUCCACUGCCACUCCGAUGGUUUUCCAGCCCACUCCGCCUUUAAACCAGGUGGUGAGCCCCAGCUUUAACCCACAAGCUCCUCCUCCACCACCUCCACCAAAUGCUCCACGCUCGGCAUCCGUUUGUGGGAUCAGUGGUGCCACUUCCAAUCGAGUUGUGGGUGGAAUGGAGGCUCGAAAAGGAGCCUAUCCCUGGAUAGCUGCCCUUGGCUACUUCGAGGAGUCCAAUAGGAAUGCUUUAAAGUUCCUCUGCGGUGGCAGUUUGAUCCAUUCGCACUAUGUGGUCACCUCGGCACACUGCAUUAAUCCCAUGUUGACUUUGGUGAGAUUGGGAGCCCAUGAUCUCUCCAAGCCAGCUGAACCGGGGGCUAUGGAUUUCCGUAUCCGUAGAUCUGUGGUCCACGAGCAUUUCGAUCUGAAUUCUAUAUCGAAUGAUAUAGCUUUGGUCGAGCUAAACGGAGUGGGGACAUUGCCAGGUAACAUAUCACCCAUUUGCCUGCCUGAGGCCGCCAAGUUUCUGCAACAGGACUUUGUGGGGAUGAAUCCCUUUGUGGCCGGCUGGGGGGCAGUGAAGCACCAGGGAGCCACCUCGCAAGUGCUGAGAGAUGCCCAGGUGCCCAUAGUAUCUCGACAGAGCUGCGAGCAGAGUUACAAGUCCGUUUUCCAGUUCGUCCAGUUCAGUGACAAGGUGCUGUGUGCGGGCAGUUCGAGCGUGGAUGCCUGCCAAGGGGAUUCCGGUGGACCACUCAUGAUGCCCCAGCUGGAGGCCAACGGUUAUAGGUUCUACUUACUCGGCCUGGUUUCUUUUGGCUAUGAGUGUGCUCGUCCUAACUUUCCGGGUGUCUAUACGAGAGUCGCCUCCUACGUUCCUUGGAUCAGGAAACACAUCUCAACGGCUUAGAAUAUGACACAUCCUAAAUCGAUUAGCUAUCUUUGAUGUGUCAUCCAAAUUGAGAGCACUUAAUAAAUACUUGCAUUUCAAUUCUAAACCCCAAAUACACUUACCCACCGGAAUUUCCGCAAUAAACUUCAUGAUUUUAUGUUCUUUUUUGA